CUUAAACGCUUCCGUCUGACGCCUCAGCGCUUCCUGUGUAAGUAACUCAGCGGAGUUGGAAACCGGAGUCAGCAUGUUAAUCAUCAGUAACAGGGUUAAACUGUGUUCGCUGGCGUUCACCGCGGCGCGCAUGUACGCCACCGGAGCUCAAGCCAGCAACAACCCGGUGGUGUUCUUCGACAUCGCGGCGGAUAACGAGCCUCUCGGUAGAGUCACCUUCGAAUUGAACGCGGAUGUUGUGCCCAAAACAGCAGAGAACUUCAGAGCCCUGUGCACCGGUGAGCAUGGCUUCGGAUACAAGGGCUCGAUCUUCCACCGAGUGAUCCCUCAGUUCAUGUGUCAGGGAGGAGAUUUUACAAAUCACAACGGAACCGGAGGAAAGUCCAUCUACGGUCCGAGAUUUCCAGAUGAGAACUUCAGACUGAAACACACCGGACCAGGUAUCCUGUCCAUGGCUAACGCCGGACCCAACACCAACGGAUCCCAGUUCUUCAUAUGCACCGUCAAAACAGAGUGGCUGGACGGGAGGCACGUGGUGUUCGGCAGCGUUAAAGACGGGAUGGAUGUGGUGAGGAAGGUGGAGGCGCUUGGCUCUCGCUCGGGAAGAACCGCUAAGAGGAUCAGCGUCACCGACUGCGGGGUACUGGAGUAAAGCCUGUCCUGCUGCAGAUCCACUCACAGACUACUCGAGCUCCACAAUGUGAAACACAGACACUUUCGGGUUACUCGCUCUCGUGUCUCUGCAAAGCUGUGUGAUGUUAAAAAAAUCCAUUGUGAAUAUUCACAACUCCGCAAGAUGUUCUUUCCCAAACAGCGACAAUUCACAGUGACCAAAAAUCAGCGUAAAAGCACUUUUGCAUUAUAUUCAGUUCUCAAAAGUCAUGCAGUUUUAAAGCUGCGGUCACUAUGAAAUGUUUUUGUGCAGAAAAACAAAUUCUUUUGAAUUCCAAGGGAAAAAAAAACACAAUCUAUUAGUUUGGAAUGACAAGAGGAUGAACAAAUGUUGUCAUAAUGAUCGUUAAUAUUCCUUUACAGUAACAUCCGCUGUGAAUAAAUGUCAUUUGAACAUCAUUCUCAGGGAAUAACCGUGUUUAAUCUGGACUGAGAACGUCACUGUGUCUGACCAGACCUCUGGUUCUCAUGCAUGAAUUAUGAAUUAUGGCCGGUGUGUUUCAGUGUUCAUCACCUGACUUUGAUUAAUAAAGCCGAGAGCAAUAAGA